UUGUUUGUUUGCGUUUUUAGUUCAUAUGAAAAUAAAUCCGUAGAUUACAUAGUUUCUAAAUAAGUAGAGUAAAAUGUGAUUUUAAAAUCGCUGAUUUUCGUACAGCAUUCGUUUGCGUAACAUUUUACGUAAGGGAGCGUUACGUCAGCGUGUGUUUUACAGGCAUGAGGCGCAUACUCAGUACGAUUAUAUUGAGACAUAUUUGCUUUAUUGGAGGAAAUCUGCCCUCUCGUGCCACUAGGAUAGUAGGGCUGCCGCGCGUUUUUACCUCGAAAUACUGCAGCGGAACCAGUAUGGACCUGAGUAACAUGAGGAAGAGGUACAAAGGAGAUCUGGAGUGCUUUGAGGAGAGUCAGCUCGUGUCUCUCGACCCCAUCAAGCAGUUUGGAAACUGGUUUGAUGAAGCCACCAAGUGUCCUGAAAUAGGAGAGUCCAAUGCUAUGUGCCUCGCCACUGCCACCAAUGAUGGACGUCCGUCCGCUCGCAUGGUCCUCCUGAAAGGUUACAGCAGUGAAGGUUUCCGUUUCUUCACCAACUAUGAGAGCAGAAAGGGCUGCGAGCUGGAGAGCAAUCCGCAUGCAUGCCUGGUCUUCUACUGGGAACCACUGAACAGACAGAUUCGCAUUGAAGGCACCGUGGAGCGGAUCCCCUACCAGAGCUCCUGCGAUUAUUUCCACUCCCGGCCAAAGAGCAGCCAGGUCGGCGCUGUCGUGAGCCGACAAAGCACUACUGUGCCUAACAGAGAUUAUCUGAGGCAGAAAAAUGCAGAACUGGAGGAGAAGUACAAGGACACAGAGGUGCCUAUGCCUGAUUACUGGGGCGGCUACAUCGUAAAGCCUUUUUCAAUAGAGUUCUGGCAGGGACAGACAAACAGACUUCACGACCGCAUCGUCUUCACCAAGCUGAAGGACGGAGAGUCCGAGCUGGGAGAGUUUCAGCACGCUGCAGAGGGAGGCUGGGUGUACCAGCGACUGUCCCCAUGAGGAGCAUCAGCAGGCUGUGAAAUAAAGGAGAAGGACAUGUUU